AUGUCAGGAAAGGUACACGGAGGUAAAGGUAAGUCAGGAGCUAAGGAUGGUGGCUCCUUAAGAUCACAGUCGCACUCUGCAAGGGCGGGAUUACAAUUCCCAGUGGGAAGAAUCAAGCGGUAUUUAAAGAGAAACGCGGCUGGAAAAACGCGUGUUGGUUCCAAGGCGGCUAUAUACUUGACUGCUGUGCUUGAAUAUCUAACUGCAGAAGUAUUGGAAUUAGCAGGUAAUGCAGCAAAGGAUUUAAAAGUAAAGAGAAUCACACCAAGGCAUUUGCAAUUAGCAAUUAGAGGGGAUGAUGAGUUAGACUCGUUGAUUAGAGCCACAAUUGCUUCUGGUGGUGUUCUACCACAUAUAAAUAAAGCUUUACUAUUGAAAGUUGAGAAAAAGAGUCACAAAUGA